AUGGCCGAAGGGAUCGACACUUUGCGAAACCUGUACUUGCGUUCGGGAGGUCAUUGUCCGACGGCCCUCUUCAAACGCAGCGGGUGGGUCUCGUCGUACUGCUCGACGAGACUAAGUACAUCAACAAUCAGCUGGGCACGAGGCUCCCAUCUGUCCACGCCGGUGGAUAGCCACGCCAGCGGACGAGGUAACUCGUCCGGACGCCAUUCACAUCGCGGUGGUUCAAAAUACGCUCCACUAGGAAGCGAUGACCAUCGCUUGAGUCCACCAAAGGAUGUGGUGGCGGUGGGAACACCUGAUCCGGCUCGAGGGUCGAAUCAACUUAAUGUUCAAGAGCUGAACCGUCUAACGGAACAGUUGCAAGAUGACCUGGCUCACGAACGGAUUCAGCGUUAUGGGCUUGAGGAUCUUGUGAGUGAUAAUUAUGAUUCCCUAACGCACGAUCGUCAGACGUUCGUGCCACUUUUUCGUUCGCGCAACUUGAGACCGAACCUCGCUUCGCUAGUCGACCAGACUGGCUCGUCGAAACGGGAACACUCGAAGGUGCUCUCGGCUCUCAACCGCGGAGGUGUUCUUCGCAUCUCGAAACGGGCUCGCACUGAUAGUACGGGCGGAGACGACCGACGUAAAGCGUAG